CAAAGGGUCACUUUAUUAAAUAAUGUUCACAUUCACAGUUUCACGCACCGUUCUCAAAAAAACAAAUAAUAUAUUAUCAACAAAAUUUAUUAUUUUUUAUUAACACAUUAAAAAUAUAAUCCUAAUAUUUCUCUACUUAAUAAAAUACGAAAGAAUGGAGAAAUUUACCGUCAUUGUUUGUCCAUGCCAAAAAAAAAAAAAAACUCAUUAUUUCUGAUAAAAAAGAAUGAAUGGAAACCACUGAAGGAAGAUUACCAAGAAGGAUCUUCGGCAAAGCGCGUCUAUCUAUCUAUCUAUCAUCAAGUUUAGAAUAGCUCAUUUGGUUGGGGCAAUGGCAUUUGUUAGCAACGGAAUUGGACUAAUCAAGAUGGAUAAUGGAGUUGAAAGAGAAGAGGAACAAGGGAUGCAAUCUCACAAGAACUCAAGUGAAACGAUAUCGCCGGCAGAGGUUGAAAUUCAGGUAUGUAAUCCAUCAGAUGAAGAGCCUGCUGGCAAUAAUAACACAAUGCUAAAGGAGAAGAGUAACAGUAUAUUGUUCCGCAUGAUAAUUCUCCUUUUGAUGGAGUUGUAUCAACGAUAUCGUUACGAAGUCCUCAAAGAAGGCUUUAUCAAUGGGGCAAACAAGAAAAAGCAACAAGAGGGUGUUGAUGAUCAUCAGAAGCUGAUCUUUCGAUCGCACGUAUACCAGAAAGUGAUUGCUAUUCCUUCUGCACUCCGGCUUGCUCUGCUCACCUACUGCGCUAUGUUCCUCAGAGAUGUAGUCAAUCAAUUGGCUCCAUUCCAAGUCCAAUACAGAGGAAACUCACAACACCUCCUCCUAAGUUGCUCUGAAGCAUUUUUCAUGUUCUUUCCAGAGAUAGCACAGAUCACAAUCUUCGCCAUAUGCUGUGUUGUGCUCAUUCUUCUCGUUCUCCCCCUCCAUAUUGAGCUGCAGAUUUUCAUUGUCAUGUUCCUGGUGGUACCUGCAUCGCUCUCCUAUUUCCCUGAAAUGGGUCGUAGAGCUUCCGGGGUUCAUGUUGAGUGCGCCACAUUCAAGGCUUCGCUUAUAAGGUUCGUUAUCUUAUUUGCCCUUGGUUUCUCUCUGAUUCUUGGUUUGGUGAUAUUGGCGGCCCUUUAUAUAAGCUGGAGAAAGAUAUUUGAAAGAAGAGGACCGGGGAGAAAGAAGAAGCAAGAGAACGUUAAACUCGGUGAUCUGUUAGAAGCUGUGGCUUAAUAAUUUACGUCAGACUCAUUGGAUCCAUUAUAAAAGAUGAUACAGUAUUAUGUUCUGUUUUAUGCUACUUUGGAACUGUUGUGGAAUAAUAUGGUUUACUCUUUACUGGUUUCUUCCACAGUA